GUAAAAUGGCGACAUGUAUAUUGAUAUUUACGAAAUAUCUUCUCAACGUCUCAUAUUAAGUUCUCUAUAUUAUUUUUUUUUAUUUUCUUGAACUGUACUUACAAAAAGCUUCAGAAUGGAAAAGAAUAUUGAAAAAACUUUAGAUGAAGUAAAAAACAAUGAAGCUACAAUUGGUUGCAUCUUGGUUGAUCGUGCAGGAUUGUGUUUAGGAGUCAAAGGUAAUGCUUCAAGCGAUAGCGCAGGUAUUAUAGCAGCCAUUGCAGAUCAAGUUGCAAAGUUAGAAGUUGCUUCAACUUGUCCGAUUGUAACAAUCCAAAAUGAUAACAGGAAAUGUCUUAUUCAACGACAAGGACCAGUAGUUGGUGCAAUUUAUAAACAUGUUGCAAAUUAAUGUUAUUAUCUUUGGGCUUAUUUUUAAUUUACUGUAAGAUAUGUUAUAAAGUAUGAUGUAUUUUGUUACUUAUUCUUAUACAUAGAAAGGAAGAUAA